AUGACACCAUAUCAAUAUGGUAUCGUGACCCUUAAAGAUUAUGAUAAAUAUUGUUAUUAUGCCGCAGGAUUGCCUGGCAUAAGUCUUACCAGAUUAUUUGCCGUCAGUGGAUUAGAAGACCCAGGAAUUGUCAAGAACCUAGAAUUAGCAAAUACAAAGAAACAUUAA